CGGUCUAUAAUGAGACCAGAUAGCACCUCCUCAGAACACCACUAAUGGUCCGCUUGCCAACCUCGUUUCAAUCUCCCCCAGCUCCCCUCAACACUAUAUGCUUUUAUGAUGGCUUCAGCAAGCUCAACAUCCGCUCUCGGAAAGGCAGCAUUGAACGUAGUAGCCGCCUACGAAAGCUGGUCUAUUGACAACAUAAUGAACAUCCGAACACCCGGCUGCGUCACCGAAGUGCAGCCUGCAAGUCUUGCGCAGCCUGCAAUGGACAACGAGACCUACCGCGCUUUCUUUGGCGGCUCCGUAAUUCCUCGUCUCGCAAACUGGAAGUUGAAUAUAUCCGACAUUGUUGAAGACCCAAAGGCGAAGAAGGUCGUGUUGUUUGCGACGGCUAAAGCGGAUGCAGUGGUUACAGGGGGUGCUUACGAACAACAGUAUGUUUACACGUUUUGGUUUGAGGAGGACGGGAAGAUUAAGCGGAUGAUUGAGUGGUUGGACAGUGCAAAGCUUGUAGAGCAGAAGAGUGCUUUCUUCGAUUGAUGUUAAGAUCUGGAGUUGAGCUGGGGGUGGAGACGAAGCAAGCAAGUUUUACUCCUUACUUGAUCCUUUUGCAAUCAGAUCGUUCACAGAGUAUUUCAUUUGCAUUCCAUUUUUUGACUCCG